AUGGCCAGUCAGCUUCAUGAUGGUGUUGAGAUGCCCAAGGUAAGCAUGGGAGGGAAUGAUGGUAAAAAAGGUAAAGAAAAAAUUGGAUGGAAAAAUUGGCUUGGCAGAAGAAGUACAAGUAAAAGAGACGGUGGCAUUGUGAUUGGUGGUGAUGAAAACAAAGGCAAAGAGGCCAAAAGUGGCAAAGAAGAAAACAAAGGCAAAGUGGCCAAAAGUGGCAAAGCGAGCAACAAAGGGAAGGAGAUCAAAGGUAAAGGCAACGGUGGAGGGGGUAUGCAUCAAAAGGGUCAGGUGGGCCAGAUGGUCCAGAUGGGCAUCAUGGGCAACUAUCCAGUGGGUCCAGCAGCACAAGGGAUGAUUGGGUACGGCAGCCCUAAUCACCAAGGGCAAUACUUGAAUGAACUGCCAUCACAGCAAGAGCAUGCAAUGGAUGCUUAUACUAGUCUCUUUAAUGAUGAAAAUCCUAAUGCCUGCGCUAUCAUGUAG